GCGGCAGUGGUGGGUGCGCUCUGCGGCGGAGCUGCGAUGCGCCUGACGCAGAGCAUGUGCACCAUCGCCGAGUGCGCGCCCGGCGGGGAGGGCUGCCCCGCCGCCCGGCCCCGCCUCGUCAAGAUCGCGGUGGUGGGGGGCAGCGGCGUGGGCAAGACAGCGCUGGUGGUGCGGUUCCUCACCCGGCGGUUCAUCGGCGACUACGAGAGGAACGCAGGUAAUCUCUACAGCAGGCACAUCCAGAUAGAUGGAGAGAUGUUGGCUAUUCAAGUGCAAGAUACUCCAGGUGUUCAGAUCCAUGAACACAGUCUGGAUUGUAAUGAGCAGCUGAACAGAUGCAUUCGCUGGGCAGAUGCCCUGGUGAUUGUCUUCUCCAUCACAGAUUAUAAGAGCUAUGAACUACUCAGUCACCUUUACCAUCAUGUCCGACAGUUGCAUCCAGGAAAUGCAGUCCCUGUUGUCAUCGUAGCAAACAAAGCUGAUCUCUUGCAUAUCAAAGAGGUGGAGCCUCAGCAUGGACUUCAGCUGGCCAACAUGCUGGGCUGUACUUUCUAUGAAGUAUCUGUCAGUGAAAACUAUAAUGAUGUCUUCAAUGCCUUCCAUCUCCUCUGUAAAGAAGUCAGUAAACAGCAAACAACCAGCACCCCUGAGAGGAGGAGAACCUCUCUUAUUCCACGGCCGAAAUCGCCCAACAUGCAGGAUCUGAAGAGAAGGUUUAAGCAAGCUUUGUCUGCCAAAGUGAGGACUGUCACUUCUGUUUGACAGCAGAGCCGUUGGUCUUCCCAACGUUUAGCCUGAGGUUGAAACCUGGGGUGUUUAACACUGGCACAUCUAGAGUCUGAGGCAUUGUGGAAGAAGGAUGGUUCAGGUAGCAUUUUGCAUGGCUGUAGAAACAAGCAGUUGCUUAAAGGAAAACAAAAACCAAAACAACCCCAAAACUCUUGAAAUGGUUCUAGGAUGUGACUUGUAGAACAAGUAUUUUCAUUUGGAACUUUCCAGUAAAUGAAACAAGCCUUCAGUUUGCCUUUUCUCCAAUGGGACAGAUUUGACUAACACUUUUGCAGAAACAACCUUUUCGCUGUAACUCUUAAUUUCUCAUACUUGAGCAGGGAAACACCCUGAACUAUUCUGAACUUCACUGUUCAGAACUAACCACUUGAGUCUUGUUUUCACUUGGAUGAAGGACAGCAUGAUGUAUCUGUUUAUUGCACAGUAGAACUGUUGAUUUCCUAUGUAUUUCAAAAUGAGUAAGCAAACAUGAAAUUUUUCUGUAAAAAUAAGUGUAAAGUAAGUGGACAUGACUGAGUAUCAAGACUGUAAACAAUGGUCCUUUAUUUUUUUACUGCUAUGUUAUUGCAACAACUUGACCAGACUCUUUGUAUGCGAAACUAGUGUCUGCAGGGUGUAAGCAUAUCUAAUUACAAAUAACUUUUGGGUUUUUUACUGUCUGAAAAAAAUACAGUCCAGACUAAAUGAUCCAACAUGGAGCUUUUGAGGAAUGAGCCUGGAGUUGGAGUGAUAGUCCAUUAUAGCUGCUGGUCUAAGACACUUCUCUGUGCACAGGCACCGAAGGCGUGUGGCUGCCAUUCAGCUUGGCGUGAAGCACGGCUGGCUCCAGGCGAUGAAGCUGGUGGUUUGUUCUGAGCUGAGCCAGUCCCACUUCAUCCUUAUACACAGGUGGCAGGUUUAUAAUGUAUAUAACUUUCUUUUAUAUUGAGCUAAUGGACUUCACAGGCUAAAGGCCUUAUACACAUGCACUUUAAAAAGCCAGUUGUGCUUUUGUUUAAACUGUAACUUAUUUAUUUUGUGUACAGUUGCUCCUUGUAGGGAGUGGACUUUUCAUUCUUACUGCCUGGAUCAACAUUAAAUUUUUGAGUUGCAUG